UUCCUACCUGUCCACUACCUGUCUGCAGGUGAGGCGGGGCAGUUCUUCCUGUCAGGUGACGCGGUCCUGGCCGGGAGCAGUGGAGUCGCCAUGAAGAGGGAGUCCGGCUUGUCCUUCGACCCCAAGAAGGACGAAAUAAAUGGCAUUCCUGAGGAGAUGGAGUUUCUGCCGGCAAGUGACCAGAAGAAGCUGGAGAAACGCAGCCCGAAGGAGACAGCUUUAUUGGUGGGGCUCAUUCUUGGAGCGGCAUUAUUGUCCCUGAUGAUUGGGCUGCUGGUUUGGCAUUUUCAUUUUCGACCGGAUAAUACCAUCAAGAAGAUGUACAAUGGUUAUCUCACCAUCACCAACAAGCAGUUCACCGAGGAUCUGGAGGAUUUUGAUUCGGAGGCGUUUAAGCAGCUGGCAACGACGGUGGAGCAAACGCUUCUGGAAACUUACAUGGGGAUGGACUCGGUGGCUCCGCAUUAUGUCCGCUCCACUGUUACUGCAUUCAGUGAAGGCUCGGUGAUCGCAUAUUACUGGCUUGAGUGCCGGGUGCCGCCGGAGGGAGCAGCAGAGCUUGAUGAAGCCAUCCGAGCGGUGUCCCCCUUCUCCGGCAAGUCCAGAUCUGGCGGCACAAAGUCCCUGAGGAUCUCUGACCUGGUCGUUGAUAGUGCUGAUCCACGGAGGGUGAAACCACCAAAGGACCACACCUGCGCCUUCGAUCUGCACGCCGUGGGUGGGGAGAUGAACACCUUCUCCUCUCCAGGGUUUCCCAACGAACCGUACCCCGCCAACGUCUGGUGCCAGUGGGUGCUGCGUGCGGACCCCCACCACGUCAUCGAACUCAACUUCGUCACCUUUGACCUGGAGAGUGUUUGCCACAAUGACUUUGUGGUUGUCUACGACUCUCUCAGUCCCAUCGAGAAGCGGGAGAUCACACAACGCUGUGGAUUGUACCCCCCGACUAAUGCCUUCAAGCUGAUGUCCUCACGCAAUGUGAUGCUGGUCACACUGAUGACCGACGACGAUGAGAACUACCCCGGAUUCAAGGCUGAGUUCCGGCAGGUUCCCAAACAAAGACAGUGCAGCAAGAUUCUGCAAGGAUCUGGGAGCUUCUCCUCCCCAUAUUAUCCAGCGUACUACCCACCCCGUGCGGACUGCACCUGGGUGCUGAAGGUGGACCCGCCCAACCACAUAAAGGUGAUGUUCAACGUGUUCCUUUUGCAAAAUCCAGACGAGAACAAUGUCUGCAAAGACUAUGUGGAGAUAAAUAACCGGAGGAUCUGUGGUGAGCAGCCGCCAAUGGUGGAACUGUCAAACGGCAGCGAGAUGACCAUCAAGUUCCGCUCCGACGCGGCAGAGUCCUGCCGAGGAUUUUCUGCCACGUUUGAACCUUACGAUGCAAGUAAACCAUGCCCGGAGGAGUUUGCCUGCAGGAAUGGUCGCUGUAUUGCACUUGACCUGAAGUGUGACGCGUGGAAUGACUGUGGAGACAGCAGCGAUGAGAUUAACUGUAAAUGCACCAGUAACCAGUUCCGCUGCGGCACAGGGUUGUGCACGUCCAACCAGUGGUUGUGUGAUGGGGUCAGUGACUGUGGAGAUAAGAGUGACGAGGCUAAUUGUGAAUGUGAAGCUGGUGAGAUGAGGUGUGCGAACGGCAAGUGUAUCCCGGAGGUGCAGCGAUGUAACCUGGUCAACGAGUGUGGGGACAACAGUGACGAAGAGGGCUGCAGUAACACUGACAUGACGGUGCCCUGCAGCGAGCACACCUACACGUGCAAGGAUGGCACCUGCAUCCGCAAGAAGAAUGCCAUGUGUGACGGCACCCACCAAUGUCCCGACGGCUCAGACGAGCACGACUGCAACUGCGGCAUCCGACCCUACAAGCACUCGCGCAUUGUGGGUGGCAUGGAUGCAGAGGUGGGCGAGUGGCCAUGGCAGGUCAGUCUACACUUCCAGGACAAGGGCAGCAUAUGCGGGGCAUCCGUCAUCUCCACCCGCUGGCUCGUGUCCGCCGCGCACUGCUUCCAGGACGAACGCACCAUCAGAUUCUCCGACCACACCACGUGGACAGCCUACAUGGGCUUGCACGACCAACACAAGCUGGAUGGUGCGCAGAAGAGGCGUUUGAAGCGGAUCAUCCGUCACGAGAACUACAACCCACAGAUGUUUGACAAUGACAUAGCACUGCUGGAGCUGGAUCGGCCCCUGUCCUUCACCAGUGUAGUGCAGCCCAUCUGCCUGCCCGAGGCAGCUCACGACUUCCCCAUCGGCAAAAACACCUGGAUCACCGGCUGGGGCAUGGUGCACGAGGAUGGUGGGUUGGCCACAGUCUUGCAGAAAGCUGAAGUCCGCAUCAUCCGCAGGAGGAACUGCAACGAUCUGCUGAGUGGCACUGUCACCACCCGCAUGCUGUGUGCCGGCUACCUGAGUGGUGGUAUUGAUGCCUGCCAGGGGGACUCUGGCGGCCCGAUGUCCAGCGUGGAGGAAAAUGGCAAGGUGUUCCUGGCCGGCAUUGUCAGCUGGGGGGACGGCUGUGCCAGGAAGAACAAGCCCGGCGUCUACACCAAGGUCUCCAAGUUCCGGGAGUGGAUCAAGGGACACACUGGAUUGUAGAUGUGGACUCACUCCAGCCUGGGUACCCAAACAUCAUCCCAUCACGGAGUAGUGGUGUGGAGCUCACACUGGCACUGGAUCUGCUCCACACUCGCCCAACUUGUAGAUAAUGUACAGUCUCGUCUAAUCAAUGCCGUCUGUGAAGAUUGUGUGGGGUGAUUGGUUAUUUAGUGUUCUGAAUAAAUGCUGAUGGUGGGGUGGGAGGGUCUGUGAAUGAGGGGAUUUGUACAGUGAGCUGGAAUUCUGCAGUGGCCCUCCUCCUCCUCCCCCUCCCUCCUCCUCCACUCAUUACCCACCCUCCCCUCAUCUCCCCCCUGGGCUGGGCUUGGUCAGACUGCGCUGCUCACAAGCUGCAGUUUAGUUUCCUCAGCUCACUUGUUGAAACUCUGUGAAGGGAAGUCCGUGCGUCAUUUGCUGGAUGAUCUGCUGGACUACAUGUCUGUUAGUAUCACUGUGACGUUCCAGACCCAUCCCGACCACCAGGGACCUGUCUGUGUGCGCUCCCAUUCCGUCAGGUACAUAAUGUGGCACUGGGGUUAAACCCUUUUCUAGUCUGUGUGAGGAUGGUACACGGCAGACCUCGCUAAGUCUCCCUCACCCCCUCUCCCUUCACUCCCAGCACACUUCAGCUUGAGGAGGUGCUUGGUGCAGUGAGGGGUCUGCUCACAUGCUGCAGGAUCUUUCUGCCCCCUUACCCUCUGCCCUCUGGUCUCGUCGAGAGUGUUGCCGUGCCGUGGUGUUGCCGUGCCGUGCCGUGCCGUGGUGUUGCCGUGGUGCUGCCGUGCCGUGGUGUUGCCGUGCCGUGGUGGUGUUGCCGUGGUGUUGCCGUGCCGUGGUGUUGCCGUGCCGUGGUGUGCCGUGCCGUGCCGUGGUGUUGCCGUGCCGUGGUGUUGCCGUGGCCGUGCCGUGGUGUUGCCGUGCCGUGCCGUGCCGUGGUGUUGCCGUGCCGUGGUGUUGCCGUGCCGUGCCGUGGUGUUGCCGUGCCGUGGUGUUGCCGUGCCGUGGUGUUGCCGUGCCGUGGUGUUGCCGUGGUGUUGCAGUGCCGUGGUGUUGCCGUGCCGUGGUGUUGCCGUGCCGUGCCGUGCCGUGGUGUUGCCGUGCCGUGGUGUUGCCGUGCCGUGGUGUUGCCGUGCCGUGGUGUUGCCGUGCCGUGGUGUUGCCGUGGUGUUGCCGUGCCGUGGUGUUGCCGUGCCGGUUCACGUUGCCCCUCUGCCCCCUAAGUUUUAAAUGUGAAGCAUGAAGGAAGUUAGAGUGAGUCCAUGUUGACAGCCUGGUGCAGAGGACCAGUUGGCGAUGAUGUGGACAUGGUGAGGGGUUUGUUGUUGUCCCUGUGCCACUAUGGGGGGGGGGGGGGGGGGGGGGAAUCCGCAUACCCACACCACACUGACCCCUCUCCCUAAAGAACAACCGGUCAAUCAGCUGCGGGGGCUCCACAUGUCGAGCGGCAUCUGCGGAGGAGAGACAUUGAUGAUGGUUUGGGUAGAAACCCCCGGACACAGGGUUUGACAAUUUCUCCCUCCUCCACAGAGGCUGCUCGACACGCUGAGUUCCCACAGCAGAUGGAUCAUUGGUCCCAUCUCUACCGUCUGUAGGUCGGGCAGCAUCUCUGGAGAAAAGGAAUGGCGUUUCAGGUCAAGACUCUUAUUUAGACGACCUGAAAUGUCACCUAUUCCUUCUUUCCAGAGAUCCUGCCUGACCCACUGAGUUACUCCAGCACUUGGUGUCUGUCUUUGGUGUAAACCAGCAUCUGCAGUUGUUCCUCCCAUCUAUAGCCCCUGUGCCUCAAUGUCCUGAACAGUGUUCCUUUGGCUGAGCUGAUCGGCCAGUGGUUGCCAGUGCUGAUGUCUGUGUAGCCCUGUGGACAGACGGAUGCAAAGUGCCUUUCACACACGUGCCACCAUCUUCCAUUGUACUGUCUGCUUUCACACUGGUGGUCAGUUUCAUGCUCACCAGUGGUUUUAUAUUCAAAUUUUUCUACUAAAAAUAAACUGGAAAUGAGUGUG